AUGGAGCGGUUUGCUUGGUGUUGUUCUUGGUCUGUAAUUGAGUGUGUGCCGCUGCCACAGUGUUGCUCACGAGCUGAGGACUGCCUCCUCCCUGGGACUCUGUGCCCUGAGACGCAGCUUGACCCUGGGUGUGUGCUCUGGUAUCCUCCCCAGGACUCAAUAAGCCCUGGUAUGCAGCUCGUCCCUGGGACUCUGUGUGCUCUGGUACACAGUCAGGGUGCCUUGGUAUGCAGCUCGUCCCUGGGACUCAGUGUGCUCUGGUACACAGUCAGUGUGCCUUGGUAUGCAGCUCGUCCCUGUGACUCAGUGUGCUCUGGUACACAGUCAGGGUGCCCUGGUAUGCAGCUCGUCCCUGGGACUCAGUGUGCUCUGGUACACAGUCAGGGUGCCUUGGUAGGCAGCUCGUCCCUGGGACUCAGUGUGCUCUGGUACACAGUCAGUGUGCCUUGGUAUGCAGCUCGUCCCUGGGACUCAGUGUGCUCUGGUACACAGUCAGUGUGCCUUGGUAUGCAGCUCGUCCCUGGGACUCAGUGUGCCCUGGUACACAGUCAGGGUGCCUUGGUAUGCAGCUCGUCCCUGGGACUCAGUGUGCUCUGGUACACAGUCAGUGUGCCUCGGUAUGCAGCUCGUCCCUGGGACUCAGUGUGCUCUGGUACACAGUCAGUGUGCCUUGGUAUGCAGCUCGUCCCUGGGACUCAGUGUGCUCUGGUACACAGUCAGUGUGCCUUGGUAUGCAGCUCGUCCCUGGGACUCAGUGUGCUCUGGUACACAGUCAGUGUGCCUUGGUAUGCAGCUCGUCCCAGGGACUCAGUGUGCUCUGGCUGGUACGUAGAUCCUCCCUAGGACUCAGUAUGUGCUAACUAAGAGACAGAUCCUCCGUUCCAGCUAGGCCUAGGUCCUGAGCCGGUGUUGCUUGGCUGAGUGAGUAGUGCAGGCGUUGGUUUUAGUUUGGCCCCGCCCCACUCUACUCUGCUGCUUCACUGCUCUCCACAUGUCCUCGUUAGGGAGUCCCCCCCUCCCCUCCCCUCCCCUCCCCUCCCCUCCCCUCCCCCCUUUUGUGUCUGCCAAACCACAGAUCAAAGUUAACCCUUCAACCGUCGCUGCUCUGCACACAGCACAUGCAGAUGUUAGCUGAGCGCCUCGCUUAGCAGCCUAGACUCGCCAACCGCCCACUUUGAAUGUUCUCUGUCUGCGUCACUAGUUGUUUGAACUGAACACUGGUUUCCGGCUGUCCCACAGUGGCUGUAGGAGUUCUGCUGAAUGUGUUUAAGACACUGUAAAAAGAGGAGUGCCCAAAGCAGGGAUGUGUGGAGGGGUAGUGGUAAACUAUUAAAAGGAAGGUUCCCUUCACGGUUUUAUGACACGACCGCUUCGUGAUGGCUCAUAGAAGUAGGGUGGACAUUGCUUUCCCAACUGACACUCUCUCUGUCUCUUCUCCCAACUGACACUCUCUCUGUCUUCUCCCAACUGACACUCUCUCUGUCUCCUUCUCCCAACUGACACUCUCUCUGUCUCCUUCUCCCAACUGACACUCUCUCUGUCUCCUUCUCCCAACUGACACUCUCUCUGUCUCCUUCUCCCAACUGACACUCUCUCUGUCUCCUUCUCCCAACUGACACUCUCUCUGUCUCUCUCCCAACUGACCACUCCUCUUCUCCUCUCUACUCCUCCCUAACCAUCUCUAACCUCUCCCCCUACCUACUCUCUCACUCUUCCCUAUCCUCUCUCACCAUCACCUCUAUCGUCUACUCCUCCUCUCCUCUCUCUCCUAUCCUCUCUCCUCUCUCCUCUCUCCUCUCCUCUCCUCUCUACCUCUCUCCUCUCUACCUCUCUCCUCUCUGCUCUGAUUGUCCCUCUACCUCUCUCCUAUUGUUUAAUCAAGCCUCUCUCUCUGUCCUCUCCUUUCAGGGUAAACCAGACCUGAACACAGCACUUCCUAUCAGACAGACAGCCUCCAUCUUUAAACAGCCCGUCACCAAAGUGGUGAACCACCCCAGCAACAAGGUGAAGACAGACCUGCAGAGAGCCACAGAGCAGCCCAGACAGGUGAGACACACACACACACACACACACACACAGUUGCUUGUUAAUGUCUGGUUAUUGCCCAGAACGAGGGUUGAUUAUAAGAUGCAUUCUACACCCAGAAGGAUGAGAGGUCACUGGCUAUCAUUGUGGAGAGUAGCUGGUAAAGGCCCACCCAUUGUGGAGAGUAGCUGGUAAAGGCCCACCCAUUGAGGAGAGUAGCUGGUAAAGGCCCACCCAUUGAGGAGAGUAGCUGGUAAAGGCCCACCCAUUGAGGAGAGUAGCUGGUAAAAGCCCACCCAUUGUGGAGAGUAGCUGGUAAAAGCCCACCCAUUGAGGAGAGUAGCUGGUAAAAGCCCACCCAUUGUGGAGAGUAGCUGGUAAAGGCCCACCCAUUGUGGAGAGUAGCUGGUAAAGGCCCACCCAUUGUGGAGAGUAGCUGGUAAAGGCCCACCCAUUGUGGAGAGUAGCUGGUAAAGGCCCACCCAUUGUGGAGAGUAGCUGGUAAAGGCCCACCCAUUGUGGAGAGUAGCUGGUAAAGGCCCACCCAUUGAGGAGAGUAGCUGGUAAAAGCCCACCCAUUGUGGAGAGUAGCUGGUAAAAGCCCACCCAUUGAGGAGAGUAGCUGGUAAAAGCCCACACAUUGUGGAGAGUAGCUGGUAAAGGCCCACCCAUUGUGGAGAGUAGCUGGUAAAGGCCCACCCAUUGUGGAGAGUAGCUGGUAAAGGCCCACCCAUUGUGGAGAGUAGCUGGUAAAGGCCCACCCAUUGUGGAGAGUAGCUGGUAAAGGCCCACCCAUUGUGGAGAGUAGCUGGUAAAGGCCCACCCAUUGUGGAGAGUAGCUGGUAAAGGCCCACCCAUUGUGGAGAGUAGCUGGUAAAGGCCCACCCAUUGAGAGAGUUUCACACUAAUCUAAUCUGGUUUAAAACAACAAACUCAUGACUAGGACCAGUUUUGAACAGGUCUGCAGCCAUGUCUCCCGGUUCAGGCUCUAGACACCAGCUUCACAGCGUCUCACUGUCUAGUGGGCACUAUGUAGGCCAGCCACAACGUCUACUAGUUAAGGAUGCCACAAUAGGGCUACCUAAGCCUGUACUGUUGUUGUAACUGAACCAGGGUGUCAUGUCUGGCAUCAACCACUAGAGGCUGCUAAUGGACCACAGAUGUAAUUCUGUAGCUCCUCACUGUGUUACAGCAGCACCGCUUAGUAUGAACACAGCAGCACCACGCUGAGACUGGGACUGGGACAGCCAGUCAUUGCCGUUAUAAAGCCAGUCAUUGCCGUUAUAAAGCCAGUCAUUGCCGUUAUAAAGCCAGUCAUUGCCGUUAUAAAGCCAGUCAUUGCCGUUAUAAAGCCAGUCAUUGCCGUUAUAAAGCCAGUCAUUGCCGUUAUUAAGCCAGUCAUUGCCGUUAUAAAGCCAGUCAUUGCCGUUAUAAAGCCAGUCAUAGGCUGGCCGCUAGCUGAGUGGAGACAGAGCUGUGUGAGUCAACGAGGCUGUGUGACAUCUGAGAGCCGUUGUCUCCAGCACCUGCAGUGAAUAGCAGACUUACGAGGACACAUCCCCCACCCACAAACACACACAGACACACACACACACACACACAGACACACACACACACACACACACACACACACACACACACACACACACACACACACACACACACACACACACACACACACACACACACACACACACACACACAGACACACACACACAGACACACACACCCCCUCACAGACACACACACACACACACACACACAGACGUAAGUGUUCGACUGAUCCCAGAGUACCGUUGUCUUAUAGCCUAGCCCAUGACCACGAGGCUCAGACUACCAGUACAGCAUAUACAGAGACCAGUAAAUCACAUGGUGUGGGGGUGGAUGUUCUGAGUAGAGUGUGUACGUCUGUGUGUCUUUCUGUGUGUCACUGUGUGUGUGUGUGUGUCUUUCUGUGUGUCUUUCUGUGUGUCUUUCUGUGUGUCUUUCUCUGUGUGUGUGUGGGUGUGUGGGUGUGGGUGUGGGUGUGGGUGUGUGUGUGUGGGUGUGGGUGUGUGGGUGGGUGUAUUAUCGUAAUCAUGAUGAAGCCUCACCAGAUUAAUGUGUAUAGCAGCCAGCCAGCCAGCCAGCCAGCCAGCCAGCCAGCCAGACAGACAGACAGACAGACAGACAGACAGACAGACAGACAGACAGACAUGAGGAGGGGUAAUGUAUCAGGGAAUUCUCUCUCUCCCCUAAUAGGCUGCUUCUCUGUCGUUGGGACAAUCUGCCUACUCAGCAACUCCUCUUCCAAUGACACCAGCCCCCCUCUCCUCUUACUGGGGAGAUGACACCAGCCCCCCUCUCCUCUUCCUGGGGAGAUGACACCAGCCCCCCUCUCCUCUUACUGGGGAUAUGACACCAGCCAUCUCCUCUUACUGGGGAGAUGACACCAGCCCCCCUCUCCUCUUACUGGGGAGAUGACACCAGCCCCCAUCUCCUCUUACUGGGGAGAUGACACCAGCCCCCCUCUCCUCUUACUGGGGAGAUGACACCAGCCCCCCUCUCCUCUUACUGGGGAGAUGACACCAGCCCCCCUCUCCUCUUACUGGGGAGAUGACACCAGCCCCCCUCUCCUCUUACUGGGGAGAUGACACCAGCCCCCCUCUCCUCUUACUGGGGAGAUGACACCAGCCCCCCUCUCCUCUUCCUGGGGAGAUGACACCAGCCCCCCUCUCCUCUUACUGGGGAGAUGACACCAGCCCCCCUCUCCUCUUACUGGGGAGAUGACACCAGCCCCCCUCUCCUCUUACUGGGGAGAUGACACCAGCCCCCCUCUCCUCUUACUGGGGAGAUGACACCAGCCCCCCUCUCCUCUUACUGGGGAGAUGACACCAGCCCCCCCUCUCCUCUUACUGGGGAGAUGACACCAGCCCCCCUCUCCUCUUCCUGGGGAGAUGACACCAGCCCCCCUCUCCUCUUACUGGGGAGAUGACACCAGCCCCCCUCUCCUCUUCCUGGGGAGAUGACACCAGCCCCCCUCUCCUCUUCCUGGGGAGAUGACACCAGCCCCCCUCUCCUCUUACUGGGGAGAUGACACCAGCCCCCCCUCUCCUCUUCCUGGGGAGAUGACACCAGCCCCCCUCUCCUCUUACUGGGGAGAUGACACCAGCCCCCCCUCUCCUCUUCCUGGGGAGAUGACACCAGCCCCCCUCUCCUCUUCCUGGGGAGAUGACACUAGCCCCCCUCUCCUCUUACUGGGGAGAUGACACCAGCACCCCUCUCCUCUUACUGGGGAGAUGACACCAGCCCCCAUCUCCUCUUACUGGGGAGAUGACACCAGCCCCCAUCUCCUCUUACUGGGGAGAUGACACCAGCCCCCCUCUCCUCUUACUGGGGAGAUGACACCAGCCCCCCUCUCCUCUUACUGGGGAGAUGACACCAGCCCCCAUCUCCUCUUACUGGGGAGAUGACACCAGCCCCCCUCUCCUCUUACUGGGGAGAUGACACCAGCCCCCCUCUCCUCUUACUGGGGAGAUGACACCAGCCCCCAUCUCCUCUUACUGGGGAGAUGACACCAGCCCCCCUCUCCUCUUACUGGGGAGAUGACACCAGCCCCCCUCUCCUCUUACUGGGGAGAUGACACCAAACCCCCCUCUCCUCUUACUGGGGAGAUGACACCAGCCCCCCUCUCCUCUUACUGGGGAGAUGACACCAGCCCCCCUCUCCUCUUACUGGGGAGAUGACACCAGCCCCCCUCUCCUCUUACUGGGGAGAUGACACCAGCCCCCAUCUCCUCUUACUGGGGAGAUGACACCAGCCCCCAUCUCCUCUUACUGGGGAGAUGACACCAGCCCCCCUCUCCUCUUACUGGGGAGAUGACACCAGUCCCCCUCUCCUCUUACUGGUGAGAUGACACCAGCCCCCCUCUCCUCUUACUGGGUGAGAUGACACCAGCCCCCCUCUCCUCUUACUGGGGAGAUGACACCAGCCCCCAUCUCCUCUUACUGGGGAGAUGACACCAGCCCCCAUCUCCUCUUACUGGGAGAUGACACCAGCCCCCAUUCUCCUCUUACUGGGGAGAUGACACCAGCCCCCAUCUCCUCUUACUGGGGAGAUGACACCAGUCCCCCAUCUCCCUCUUACUGGGGAGAUGACACCAAGCCCCCAUCUCCUCUUACUGGGGAGAUGACACCAGCCCCCCUCUCCUCUAACUGGGGAGAUGACACCAGCCCCCCUCUCCUCUUACUGGGGAGAUGACACCAGCCCCAUCUCCUCUUACUGGGGAGAUGACACCAGCCCCCCUCUCCUCUUACUGGGGAGAUGACACCAGCCCCCCUCUCCUCUUACUGGGGAGAUGACACCAGCCCCCAUCUCCUCUUACUGGGGAGAUGACACCAGCCCCCCUCUCCUCUUACUGGGGAGAUGACACCAGCCCCCCUCUCCUCUUACUGGGGAGAUGACACCAGCCCCCCUCUCCUCUUACCAGCCCCCCUCUCCUCUUACUGGGGAGAUGACACCAGCCCCCCUCUCCUCUUACUGGGGAGAUGACACCAGCCACCCUCUCCUCUUACUGGGGAGAUGACACCAGCCCCCAUCUCCUCUUACUGGGGAGAUGACACCAGCCCCCCUCUCCUCUUACUGGGGAGAUGACACCAGCCCCCCUCUCCUCUUACUGGGGAGAUGACACCAGCCCCCAUCUCCUCUUACUGGGGAGAUGACACCAGCCCCCCUCUCCUCUUACUGGGGAGAUGACACCAGCCCCCCUCUCCUCUUACUGGGGAGAUGACACCAGCCCCCCUCUCCUCUUACUGGGGAGAUGACACCAGCCCCACUCUCCUCUUACUGGGGAGAUGACACCAGCCCCCCUCUCCUCUUACUGGGGAGAUGACACCAGCCCCCCUCUCCUCUUACUGGGGAGAUGACACCAGCCCCCAUCUCCUCUUACUGGGGAGAUGACACCAGCCCCCCUCUCCUCUUACUGGGGAGAUGACACCAGCCCCCAUCUCCUCUUACUGGGGAGAUGACACCAGCCCCCCAUCUCCUCUUACUGGUGAGAUGACACCAGCCCCCCUCUCCUCUUACUGGGGAGAUGACACCAGCCCCCAUCUCCUCUUACUGGGGAGAUGACACCAGCCCCCCUCUCCUCUUACUGGGGAGAUGACACCAGCCCCCCUCUCCUCUUACUGGGGAGAUGACACCAGCCCCCCUCUCCUCUUACUGGGGAGAUGACACCAGCCCCCAUCUCCUCUUACUGGGGAGAUGACACCAGCCCCCCUCUCCUCUUACCAGCCCCCCUCUCCUCUUACUGGGGAGAUGACACCAGCCCCCCUCUCCUCUUACUGGGGAGAUGACACCAGCCCCCAUCUCCUCUUACUGGGGAGAUGACACCAGCCCCCCUCUCCUCUUACUGGGGAGAUGACACCAGCCCCCAUCUCCUCUUACUGGGGAGAUGACACCAGCCCCCCUCUCCUCUUACUGGGGAGAUGACACCAGCCCCCAUCUCCUCUUACUGGGGAGAUGACACCAGCCCCCCUCUCCUCUUACUGGGGAGAUGACACCAGCCCCCCUCUCCUCUUACUGGGAAGAUGACACCAGCCCCCAUCUCCUCUUACUGGGGAGAUGACACCAGCCUCCAUCUCCUCUUACUGGGGAGAUGACACCAGCCCCCCUCUCCUCUUACUGGGGAGAUGACACCAGCCCCCCCUCUCCUCUUACUGGGGAGAUGACACCAGCCCCCCUCUCCUCUUACUGGGGAGAUGACACCAGCCCCCCUCUCCUCUUACUGGGGAGAUGACACCAGCCCCCCUCUCCUCUUACUGGGGAGAUGACACCAGCCCCCAUCUCCUCUUACUGGGGAGAUGACACCAGCCCCCCUCUCCUCUAACUGGGGAGAUGACACCAGCCCCCCCUCUCCUCUUACUGGGGAGAUGACACCAGCCCCCCCUCUCCUCUUACUGGGGAGAUGACACCAGCCCCCCUCUCCUCUUACUGGGGAGAUGACACCAGCCCCCAUCUCCUCUUCCUGGGGAGAUGACACCAGCCCCCCUCUCCUCUUACUGGGGAGAUGACACCAGCCCCCCUCUCCUCUUCCUGGGGAGAUGACACCAGCCCCCCUCUCCUCUUACUGGGGAGAUGACACCAGCCCCCCUCUCCUCUUACUGGGGAGAUGACACCAGCCCCCAUCUCCUCUUACUGGGGAGAUGACACCAGCCCCCCUCUCCUCUUACUGGGGAGAUGACACCAGCCCCCAUCUCCUCUUACUGGGGAGAUGACACCAGCCCCCCUCUCCUCUUACUGGGGAGAUGACACCAGCCCCCAUCUCCUCUUACUGGGGAGAUGACACCAGCCCCCCUCUCCUCUUACUGGGGAGAUGACACCAGCCCCCAUCUCCUCUUACUGGGGAGAUGACACCAGCCCCCCUCUCCUCUUACUGGGGAGAUGACACCAGCCCCCCUCUCCUCUUACUGGGGAGAUGACACCAGCCCCCCUCUCCUCUUACUGGGGAGAUGACACCAGCCCCCAUCUCCUCUUACUGGGGAGAUGACACCAGCCCCCCUCUCCUCUUACUGGGGAGAUGACACCAGCCCCCAUCUCCUCUUACUGGGGAGAUGACACCAGCCCCCAUCUCCUCUUACUGGGGAGAUGACACCAGCCCCCCUCUCCUCUUACUGGGGAGAUGACACCAGCCCCCAUCUCCUCUUACUGGGGAGAUGACACCAGCCCCCAUCUCCUCUUACUGGGGAGAUGACACCAGCCCCCAUCUCCUCUUACUGGGGAGAUGACACCAGCCCCCCUCUCCUCUUACUGGGGAGAUGACACCAGCCCCCCCUCUCCUCUUACUGGGGAGAUGACACCAGCCCCCCUCUCCUCUUACUGGGGAGAUGACACCAGCCCCCCUCUCCUCUUACUGGGGAGAUGACACCAGCCCCCCUCUCCUCUUACUGGGGAGAUGACACCAGCCCCCCUCUCCUCUUACUGGGGAGAUGACACCAGCCCCCCUCUCCUCUUACUGGGGAGAUGACACCAGCCCCCCUCUCCUCUUACUGGGGAGAUGACACCAGCCCCCCUCUCCUCUUACUGGGGAGAUGACACCAGCCCCCCUCUCCUCUUACUGGGGAGAUGACACCAGCCCCCCUCUCCUCUUACUGGGGAGAUGACACCAGCCCCCCUCUCCUCUUACUGGGGAGAUGACACCAGCCCCCCUCUCCUCUUACUGGGGAGAUGACACCAGCCCCCAUCUCCUCUUACUGGGGAGAUGACACCAGCCCCCAUCUCCUCUUACUGGGGAGAUGACACCAGCCCCCAUCUCCUCUUACUGGGGAGAUGACACCAGCCCCCAUCUCCUCUUACUGGGGAGAUGACACCAGCCCCCCUCUCCUCUUACUGGGGAGAUGACACCAGCCCCCCUCUCCUCUUACUGGGGAGAUGACACCAGCCCCCAUCUCCUGUUACUGGGGAGAUGACACCAGCCCCCCUCUCCUCUUACUGGGGAGAUGACACCAGCCCCCAUCUCCUCUUACUGGGGAGAUGACACCAGCCCCCCUCUCCUCUUACUGGGGAGAUGACACCAGCCCCCAUCUCCUCUUACUGGGGAGAUGACACCAGCCCCCAUCUCCUCUUACUGGGGAGAUGACACCAGCCCCCAUCUCCUCUUACUGGGGAGAUGACACCAGCCCCCCUCUCCUCUUACUGGGGAGAUGACACCAGCCCCCCUACGCGCCCACACACACGCUGACUUGACCCACACUGACACACGUACAUACACAUUGGGACUUGAGCACAGUGCCACUCAGCACUCUCUGCAGUAGUACCCACUGCCCAUAAUGCAGUGCCUGAAUGACUUGAAUCAGCAGCCCAAUAGGAAGGUUGUAAGACCAGGCUCCAUGUCUCAACAGUUAGUUGGACUGCGUUACCUUUCGGUUCCCUUAUCAUAACAACACUUGAGACUUUAUCCAGAGUGGCAUGCUGUUUCACUGACAACAGCAGACCUCAGAGUCAAGGUGGUCCCAUCCCAUCCUCUACCGGCUCUCUCUGUUAUCGGAGGACAGUAAGGGACAUUUAGGAUAGCUGCUGUGUCUGUCUGUCAGAUCGUGUACUAGACACUAGAUAGUAUACUCUUAGAGUGCAGGUGAUGUUAUCCUACUAGACACUAGAUAGUAUACUCUUAGAGUGCAGGUGAUGUUAUCCUACUAGACAGUAGACUCUCAGAGUGCAGGUGAUGUUAUCCUACUAGACAGUAGACUGUAUACUCUCAGAGUGCAGGUGAUGUUAUCCUACUAGACAGUAGACUGUAUACUCUCAGAGUGCAGGUGAUGUUAUCCUACUAGACCGUAGACUCUCAGAGUGCAGGUGAUGUUAUCCUACUAGACAGUAGACUGUAUACUCUCAGAGUGCAGGUGAUGUUAUCCUACUAGACAGUAGACUGUAUACUCUCAGAGUGCAGGUGAUGUUAUCCUACUAGACAGUAGACUGUAUACUCUCAGAGUGCAGGUGAUGUUAUCCUACUAGACAGUAGACUCUCAGAGUGCAGGUGAUGUUAUCCUACUAGACAGUAGACUGUAUACUCUCAGAGUGCAGGUGAUGUUAUCCUACUAGACAGUAGACUGUAUACUCUCAGAGUGCAGGUGAUGUUAUCCUACUAGACAGUAGACUCUCAGAGUGCAGGUGAUGUUAUCCUACUAGACAGUAGACUGUAUACUCUCAGAGUGCAGGUGAUGUUAUCCUACUAGACCGUAGACUCUCAGAGUGCAGGUGAUGUUAUCCUACUAGACAGUAGACUGUAUACUCUCAGAGUGCAGGUGAUGUUAUCCUACUAGACAGUAGACUGUAUACUCUCAGAGUGCAGGUGAUGUUAUCCUACUAGACAGUAGACUCUCAGAGUGCAGGUGAUGUUAUCCUACUAGACAGUAGACUGUAUACUCUCAGAGUGCAGGUGAUGUUAUCCUACUAGACACUAGAUAUUAUACUCUUAGAGUGCAGGUGAUGUUAUCCUACUAGACAGUAGACUCUCAGAGUGCAGGUGAUGUUAUCCUACUAGACAGUAGACUGUAUACUCUCAGAGUGCAGGUGAUGUUAUCCUACUAGACAGUAGACUGUAUACUCUCAGAGUGCAGGUGAUGUUAUCCUACUAGACAGUAGACUGUAUACUCUCAGAGUGCAGGUGAUGUUAUCCUACUAGACAGUAGACUGUAUACUCUCAGAGUGCAGGUGAUGUUAUCCUACUAGACAGUAGACUCUCAGAGUGCAGGUGAUGUUAUCCUACUAGACAGUAGACUGUAUACUCUCAGAGUGCAGGUGAUGUUAUCCUACUAGACAGUAGACUGUAUACUCUCAGAGUGCAGGUGAUGUUAUCCUACUAGACACUAGAUAGUAUACUCUUAGAGUGCAGGUGAUGUUAUCCUACUAGACAGUAGACAGUAGACUCUGAGUGCAGGUGAUGUUAUCCUACUAGACAGUAGACUCAGAGUGCAGGUGAUGUUAUCCUACUAGACAGUAAACUGUAUACUCUCAGAGUGCAGGUGAUGUUAUCCUACUAGACACUAGAUAGUAUACUCUUAGAGUGCAGGUGAUGUUAUCCUACUAGACAGUAGACUCAGAGUGCAGGUGAUGUUAUCCUACUAGACAGUAAACUGUAUACUCUCAGAGUGCAGGUGAUGUUAUCCUACUAGACAGUAGACUCAGAGUGCAGGUGAUGUUAUUCUGCUAGCUGCUGUAUCUGUGUUCCCAUGACAUUGAGGGACAUUCAGCCACUGUUAGGCUGUCUGUGUGAGGCUGAGGCUGGCUGGCUUGAUUGUGUGACUUUAAGAUGUGCUGCCUAAUGAGGCUGUGAAGAAAAUGGAGUGUCAGGAUGAUCACACACACUUAUGCAUGUGAGUCCGAGAGGAGGGGUGGUGAAGUUUCAUUAGGAUUUGGAAAUGAGAUCAGCUGCUUGGCUGAUUAUUUCCCACCGAUGGCUUCCCUGACUUCCUCCCCCUCUCUCCCUCUGCUCCCUCCUUCCCUGACUUCCUCCCCCUCUCUCCCUCUGCUCCCUCCUUCCCUGACUUCCUCCCCCUCUCUCCCUCUCUGCUCCCUCCUUCCCUGACUUCCUCCCCCUCUCUCCCUCUGCUCCCUCCUUCCCUGACUUCCUCCCCCUCUCUCCCUCUGCUCCCUCCUUCCCUGACUUCCUCCCCCUCUCUCCCUCUGCUCCCUCCUUCCCUGAAGACCUCCCCCUCUCUCCCUCUGGCUCCCUCCUUCCCCUGACUUCCUCCCCCUCUCUCCCUCUGCUCCCUCCUUCCCUGACUUCCUCCCCCCUCUCUCCCUCUGCUCCCUCCUUCCCUGACUUCCUCCCCCUCUCUCCCUCUGCUCCCUCCUUCCCUGACUUCCUCCCCCUCUCUCCCUCUGCUCCCUCCUUCCCUGAAGACCUCCCCCCUCUCUCCCUCUGCUCCCUCCUUCCCUGACUUCCUCCCCCUCUCUCCCUCUGCUCCCUCCUUCCCUGACUUCCUCCCCCUCUCUCCCUCUGCUCCCUCCUUCCCUGACUUCCUCCCCCUCUCUCCCUCUGCUCCCUUCUUCCCUGACUUCCUCCCCCUCUCUCCCUCUCUGCUCCCUCCUUCCCUGAAGACCUCCCCCCUCUCUCCCUCCUCCCCCACCCCCCUCCUCUACCCCUGCCUUUAACCUCUCAGGAAAUUACCCUAGGGAAAUGGGGGUGGCUGUCACCCUGGCAACAGCCAAUUAGGUGUGAAGACAUUAUCAUAGGUAAUAAAGAGACGUUCUGUUGGUCAGGGAAGAGGAGGCUAGAGGGGAACAGGCCAGAUGGAGACACUGAUCCAUAGAUGAGGACUCAAAGAAAGUGUGAGGGUGUGUGUGUGUUUACCUGCGUUAAUGUUAUAACAAAUCCUAAUGCUUCAGAGUACCACUGCUUCUCAUGCUUCAUGUUUAGCUUCUAUUAAGGACCAAACUGACAUGGAACUUUGUCAGUGUGUGAGAAGGCAAAGGCAACAUGAAUAACCUAUUUGAUUGUAGCAUGUUUAAACCUUUAGACAGCUCUCUGGAAUAGGACAUGAACUAUUGAUCACCGACCUUGUUAUCAAGCAGCUAACGUUGAGAGAGAGAGAGAGAGAGAGAAUAUAUCCUGCUGCUGUUACUGGUAUACACAUCACAUACACGUAACCUUGCUGUUAAGUGAUGUAAAAUACUAGAUGCCCUUUGAGUCUCCGCAGCUUUCAAACUGGAAGGCCUUGAGGGUAAGGAUGAUAUUCACCGGCAGCAUGUAUUUUAGCUAGACUUGCGAAACCCUCAUAUUAAACACCAAUGGGAUUCACUAAAUUGAUGAAUUAUAUUGAGGAUAAUGUUCUGCCACUGCAGAGAUAGCGAGGUCUCUCUCCAUAGGCCUAUUUCUGAUCUGGCUACUAGCCAGCAGAGUAACUUGGUUGGAGCAGAAGUGAAUUGCCUCCUAAAUGUUUUCAAGAAGUGGACAAAAGCGGAAUGGCCUUGUAUUGAAGACGCUGCAGUGCUUCUCUAACUGGAGAGAGGAUUAGUUUAGGACUAAGCAAAGGGAGACGGGCGAUGGUUGGUUGAUCUGCUGCCAUCACAUCCCUAUAUAGACGAGCCACCCCCUGCGUUAGGGAAGGAUAGCAUGGCUGUUAUGUGUCUCUCUCUCAGUCAGCCUGUCGGCUCGUCUGGUUUGAAGGCCUUGGUUGGCACUAAGCACAGCUGUUUAUUCUCUGUGUUGUUUCUGUUGCGGCUGCAGGAUUUAUACAUCUAGGAGCCUAAUAGCUUUAUAACUCUCCAGUUUGAUAAAUACCAGGUCUUGUUUUCUGGGGUGUCCUGGGACCUCAUGGUUCCAUCACACUGUUCCAUCUCUCUUUUUUUUUUGUCAUUUAGCAGACGCUCUUAUCCAGAGCGACUUACUUGAGCAAUUAGGGUUAAGUGCCUUGCUCAAGGGCACAUCGACAGAUUUUUCACCUAGUCGGCUCGGGGAUUAGAACCAGCGACCUUUCGGUUACUGGCACAACGCUGUUAACCACUAAGCUACCUGCCUUCCCCACUGUUCCAUCUCUCUCCUCCUCUCCCCCACUGUUCCAUCUCUCUCCUCCUCUUCCCCACUGUUCCAUCUCUCUCCUCCUCUCCCCCACUGUUCCAUCUCUCUCCUCCUCUUCCCCACUGUUUCCAUCUCUCUCCUCCUCUCCCCCACUGUUCCAUCUCUCUCCUCCUCUUCCCCACUGUUCCAUCUCUCUCCUCCUCUUCCCCACUGUUCCAUCUCUCUCCUCCUCUCCCCCACUGUUCCAUCUCUCUCCUCCUCUUCCCCACUGUUCCAUCUCUCUCCUCCUCUCCCCCACUGUUCCAUCUCUCUCCUCCUCUUCCCCACUGUUCCAUCUCUCUCCUCCUCUCCCCCACUGUUCCAUCUCUCUCCUCCUCUCCCCCACUGUUCCAUCUCUCUCCUCCUCUCCCCCCACUGUUCCAUCUCUCUCCUCCUCUCCCCCACUGUUUCCAUCUCUCUCCUCCUCUCCCCCACUGUUCCAUCUCUCUCCUCCUCUCCCCCCACUGUUCCAUCUCUCUCCCCCCACUGUUUCCAUCUCUCUCCCCCACUGUUCCAUCUCUCUCCCCCACUGUUCCAUCUCUCUCCUCCUCCCCCCACUGUUCCAUCUCUCUCCCCCACUGUUCCAUCUCUCUCCCCCCACUGUUCCAUCUCUCUCCCCCACUGUUCCAUCUCUCUCCUCCUCUUCCCCACUGUUUCCAUCUCUCUCCUCCUCUCCCCACUGUUCCAUCUCUCUCCUCCUCUCCCCCACUGUUCCAUCUCUCUCCUCCUCUCCCCCACUGUUUCCAUCUCUCUCCUCCUCUCCCCCACUGUUCCAUCUCUCUCCUCCUCUCCCCCACUGUUCCAUCUCUCUCCUCCUCUCCUCUUCUCAUCACCCCUCUGUUGUGUUUGCAGCUGUUCUGGGAGAAGCGAUUGAAGGGCCUGAGGGUGUCAGCCAUCACAGAAGAGGUCCUCAGGACCAUGGAGCUUCCCAAAGGUUUAACAAGUAAGAGCACAAGCCUGCAAGGCUCUCUGUUUAGUUCAAUUCACCUGAUGUUAAUAAUAGGCUAUCAAUCAUGUUAUAGUUGUACAUAAACCAUAUUAUCAUACAAUUAUAAUGGUUAGAAUUGUAUUUAUCCAUUAUUAGUUCAAUAUAUACACAUAUCUACUAUGAAUCAAAUACACUGGACUGUGAGAUAGAAUACGUAUAGGUUCAAGUUUGUUUAUUCAUUAUACAUGGAGAACACAGUCCAAUGACAUGAUAUACAUGGAGAACACAGUCCAAUAACAUGAUAUACAUGGAGAACACAGUCCAAUAACAUGAUAUACAUGGAGAACACAGUCCAAUAACAUGAUAUACAUGGAGAACACAGUCCAAUAACAUGAUAUACAUGGAGAACACAGUCCAAUAACAUGAUAUACAUGGAGAACACAGUCCAAUAACAUGAUAUACAUGGAGAACACAGUCCAAUAACAUGAUAUACAUGGAGAACACAGUCCAAUAACAUGAUAUACAUGGAGAACACAGUCCAAUAACAUGAUAUACAUGGAGAACACAGUCCAAUAACAUGAUAUACAUGGAGAACACAGUCCAAUGACAUGAUAUACAUGGAAACACAGUCCAAUGACAUGAUAUACAUGGAGAACACAGUCCAAUAACAUGAUAUACAUGGAGAACACAGUCCAAUAACAUGAUAUACAUGGAGAACACAGUCCAAUGACAUGAUAUACAUGGAGAACACAGUCCAAUAACAUGAUAUACAUGGAGAACACAGUCCAAUGACAUGAUAUACUGGAGAACACAGUCCAAUAACAUGAUAUACAUGGAGAACACAGUCCAAUAACAUGAUAUACAUGGAGAACACAGUCCAAUAACAUGAUAUACAUGGAGAACACAGUCCAAUAACAUGAUAUACAUGGAGAACACAGUCCAAUAACAUGAUAUACAUGGAGAACACAGUCCAAUAACAUGAUAUACAUGGAGUACACAGUCCAAUAACAUGAUAUACAUGGAGAACACAGUCCAAUAACAUGAUAUACACGGAGAACACAGUCCAAUAACAUGAUAUACAUGGAGAACACAGUCCAAUGACAUGAUAUACAUGGAGAACACAGUCCAAUGACAUGAUAUACAUGGAGAACACAGUCCAAUAACAUGAUAUACAUGGAGAACACAGUCCAAUGACAUGAUAUACAUGGAGAACACAGUCCAAUAACAUGAUAUACAUGGAGAACACAGUCCAAUGACAUGAUAUACAUGGAGAACACAGUCCAAUGACAUGAUAUACAUGGAGAACACAGUCCAAUAACAUGAUAUACAUGGAGAACACAGUCCAAUAACAUGAUAUACAUGGAGUACACAGUCCAAUGACAUGAUAUACAUGGAGAACACAGUCCAAUGACAUGAUAUACAUGGAGAACACAGUCCAAUGACAUGAUAUACAUGGAGAACACAGUCCAAUAACAUGAUAUACAUGGAGAACACAGUCCAAUAACAUGAUAUACAUGGAGUACACAGUCCAAUGACAUGAUAUACAUGGAGAACACAGUCCAAUAACAUGAUAUACAUGGAGAACACAGUCCAAUAACAUGAUAUACAUGGAGAACACAGUCCAAUACAUGAUAUACAUGGAGAACACAGUCCAAUGACAUGAUAUACAUGGAGAACACAGUCCAAUGACAUGAUAUACAUGGAGAACACAGUCCAAUAACAUGAUAUACAUGGAGAACACAGUCCAAUAACAUGAUAUACAUGGAGAACACAGUCCAAUAACAUGAUAUACAUGGAGAACACAGUCCAAUGACAUGAUAUACAUGGAGAACACAGUCCAAUAACAUGAUAUACAUGGAGAACACAGUCCAAUGACAUGAUAUACAUGGAGAACACAGUCCAAUAACAUGAUAUACAUGGAGAACACAGUCCAAUAACAUGAUAUACAUGGAGAACACAGUCCAAUAACAUGAUAUACAUGGAGAACACAGUCCAAUAACAUGAUAUACAUGGAGAACACAGUCCAAUAACAUGAUAUACAUGGAGAACACAGUCCCAAAAAAAGCUUACUUGCAUUUUCCCCUCUCGGCAGUCCAAUGAAAUGCUUACUUGCAGGUUGACCUCUCGGCAGUCCAAUGAAAUGCUUACUUGCAGGUUGACCUCUCGGCCGUCCAAUGAAAUGCUUACUUGCAGGUUCACCUCUGACAGGUUCACCUCUCGACAGAUUAAUCUCUCGACAGGUUGACCUUUAGACAAGUUGACCUCUUAACAGGUUGACCUCUAGACAGGUUGACCUCUAGACAGGUUGACCUUUAGACAGGUUGACCUCUAGACAGGUUGACCUCUAGACAGGUUGACCUUUAGACAGGUUGACCUCUAGACAGGUUGACCUUUAGACAGGUUGACCUCUAGACAAUGCAGCAGCUAUAGAAGAAAGAGUAAUACGGAAAUGUAAUUAAAAGUAAGUCAUGUAAGUAAACAAUGAGGUAUGUGAGUGUCUGUCGAGGUCGGUGGCUCUGACUAGUGUUAUAUUCCUGACCGUGUUCCUGCCGUCGUGUUGUCCCGUACCAGGUGUGGGUCCAGACACGUCAGACGAGACUCUCCUCGCAGCCAUUGCCAGCGCCCUCCACAUGAGCUCCUCCCCCAUCACGGGACAGACGACCUCGGCUGCAGAGAAGAACCCGGCUGUCUGGCUGAACACGUCACAGCCCCUCUGUAAGGCCUUCAUCGUCACCGACCAGGACAUCCAGUAA